AUGCUAGCUUUGAUUCGCAGGCCUCAGGCUUCGCUGACGCGGUUCAAUGUCAAGGGUGUUGCUGCGAGCUGUGUCUGGCUUGCGUCGAAGCUGGAGGAAAAUCCUCGGCGAAUUCGCGACGUGCUGAACGUAUUUCACAGGAUUAACUUAAGGCGUGACGACCUCCCGUUGACUCCCCUGGAGCAAUUCUCAAAGAACUAUGAGGACCUGCGCACGGAGCUGAUUCGAACGGAAAGGCACAUUCUGAAGGAGAUGGGGUUCAUCUGCCACGUGGAGCACCCCCACAAGUUCAUAUUCAACUACCUCAGACAGCUCGACGUGCUCGAUGAUGCUGUGAAGCACGAGGCCUGGAACCUCGCCAAUGACAGUUUGCGGACGGUUCUUUGUGUGCGAUUCAAGAGCGAGGUUGUGGCAUGCGGGGUGAUCUAUGCAGCAACGAGGCGGGCGCGCAUUCCGCUUCCAGAGAACCCCCCCUGGUGGCUGGCGUUCGACGCCUCAAAGGAAGGCAUUGACGAGGAGCUUCCUGGAGUGUUGAAGCAUUCUGCACCUGUUUCUGCGCCCACCCUGCCACCUGCGGAUUCUAUGCCAGCGCCAAUUGAUGCUGAUGCCGCCGCCGCCGCCGCUGCUGCUGCUCCUGCUCCGGCUCCUGCCCCUGCGACUGCCCCUGCUCCUGCUCCUGCUCCUGCUCCUGCUCCUGGUGUUGACAAGCCGGCUACAGCUGUUGUUGAGCCCGGGUUUCCUGCCACCGCAAAGCCAAGCUCUGCAAAUGAUCCAGCGGUAGAGGCGGGCAAAAGGCAUGACUCUCCACGGAAAGUGGUCAAGCGAUCCUCGAGCUCUGAUAGUGACCGUGGUGUGCAGGGCCAUGCUGUGAAGAGGAAGCGAGAUGUGAGAGACACAGAAGGUGGUGGGGACCCAGAGCGCACAGAAAGGGAUGAUUCGGAGUCGGACGGGGAGAAAAUGUUGGUGAGCAAGAGAAGGGACAAAGAGCUGGCGCUGAAAGAGAUGAAGCUGAGGGAACAGUUGAAGCGAGAUCUGGAAAAGAAGAAGGGAGCGCAGCGGACGGGGUAUGGAAAGGCAGGCAUGGACGGCAAGGAGAAGGAGCGGCAGCAGGAUGUGGAGGGUGGGAGGGAGAAAGAGAGGGACAGGGAGCGGGAUCGGGAGUGGGCUCGGGAGCGUGAGAGGGAGCGGGAGCGGAGGGAGCGAGAGCGUUCCAAUCGGGAUGUUGAGCGUGAGAGGGACAGAAAGGAUGGGAGCAGAGACAAGCGGGAGAUAGAGAGGGAUGACCGAGGUGGUGAUGGGGAGCGCAAGGAUCGGGAUCGGAGAGAUAGGGACCGGGAUGGGGACAGGGACAGGGAUGGUGACCGUGACGUGGAGCGCGAUCGGUCGUUCCGAGAUGAAAGCCGGCGUAAUCGUGAACCUUAUAGUGGUCGUGGUGGUGGGCAUGGUCGGCAACCUGCCCCACGAGAGAGGGAGUUCACCGCAUCCAAGGAUAAGCACCGUAGUAGGCGCUAA